AUGGAUUCCACCGCCGGCUCUUCUGCCUUCGAAAAGACAAACGAAGCAUCCCAUUACAUUAAGAAACUCUUGCCAGAAUCCCUUCAAGCUCCUCGCAUAGCUAUCGUUUGCGGCUCUGGAUUAGGUGGGCUUGCAAACACAAUUGACGGCGCUCCAAGAGUAGAAAUCGAUUAUUCUGAUAUUCCUCAUUUCCCACGUUUGACCGUUUCGGGACAUGCUGGUAAGCUUGUGUUUGGGGUCCUUGACAAGAAAGUUCCGGCGGUCUUGAUGGUUGGCCGUGCCCACUACUAUGAGGGCCAUUCCAUAGACCAAGUGACAUUUCCUAUCCGCGUUUUCAAGUUGCUGGGAAUCGACACCGUUAUCUUAACUAAUGCUGCCGGCGGUCUUAACCCCGACUAUGUUGUGGGCGACAUCGUGCUACUGAAUGAUCAUAUUUUUCUCGCUGGUCUGGCAGGUACACAUCCGCUGCGAGGUCCCAACUGCGAAGAACUUGGUCCACGGUUCCCACCUCUGUCGGACGCAUACGAUCUGGACUUGCGACGCCAGGUUCAUGAAGCCUGGGGCAAAGUUAUGGAUCCCAGUAGUAAGCGAAGACUACACGAGGGCGUGUAUGCCUAUGUGGGCGGACCGAGUUAUGAGACCAGAGCAGAGUGCCGGAUGCUCCGCCAGCUCGGGGCGGAUGUUGUGGGAAUGUCCACAGUCCCGGAGAUUGUGGUUGCAAGACACUGCGGCAUUCGAAUCAUAGCAUUCAGUCUUGUGACAAACAACGCUGUACUUUCACCUGUCCCUCGCGGGGAUGACCAUCUCAUCCAGGGAAGGGAUGUAAAAGAGUUGGACGCCAUACUGCAAGAAGGGAAAGCCAACCAUGAAGAAGUGCUCGAGGCUGGCCGAUCUGCGGCCCAGGAUAUGCAGAAAUUGGUCGUCCAUGUCGUCUCAGACAUCUUCUAG